AAACCCAAAGAAAAACAACCCCGCCUUGGAGGAAUUCUAGAUGAUAAUGUUGACUAUUCAUCACUUGAUAAUGUAGAAGAAGGUCGCCCACUUCUACCAAAAAGAUUUCCGCGUACUUGGAUUCUUUCAGCAUUCUAUGAGGAUAGAUUAAAAACCUCAUUGGAUGAAAUCGGUGGAGUCAUAAGGUUCCUCCCUAUUUCUCAAUCUCAACCAAGUAAUGAAAUUGACUUGAUAAUAAUUCACAUGCCAUUAUUUCACCGAAGUAUAGAAAAACAUUAUUUUGUUGUAGAAAAGGUGGAAUUCUUGGAACUCUAUAGUUUAAAAACCGGUGAACUCCAUAAGCUCUUUCAUGUACGAAAAGAAUUAUCUCAGUUGAUUACAGGCGGAAAUUCUUUGGUCGAAAUUUCGAAAAAUGAUGUGCUGAUGGCUUAUUGUAGUGGUACUAAUAGCAUAUCAUUAUAUUUGAUGGAAAAUUCAUUAGAAAUUGCAACUCAAAUGUUUCCGAAUCUUUAUAGAAUAAACUCAUUAGAUUUUAUUCAUGAUGACGAAAAAUUACUUAUAAUUGGUGAAGAAGAGAGCAUUGAAAAUGAUGAAUUGAUUACAGUUUUUGUGAUUUGGGAUUUAUUUAGUGCAUCAGAAAAGUCUAUUAUAACUAUUAAGGAUACUGAAAAACUAAUCCCAACAAAAUUUCAAGAUUAUUAUUAUAGAUUUUCCAGCGCUAGUGGGAAUAUUGUUUGUAUAGAUGAAGAAAAUGGAAAUGUAUUUUCAAUUCUUGAUCAUCCCUCUCUACAAGACUCUUUAAACCCGCCUCCGAAUUCAUUAUCAGGGCUUAUUCAAUUGAAUUUUCAGGAUGCUCGAAAACAAAUGGAUCAAGUUAAUCAUAUAAUUUUUACUCAAGAUGGAAAAUUCUUUGAUGCAAGACAAGAACCAAGAGAUGUUAUUAUUGUAUAUAGUACAGAACCUUGGGUCCGUUUUGGACAAUAUCCUCGUAUAUCUGCUUAUCUUAAUGAUGAUAAAACUUAUCAAGUAAUUAUUGGACAAACAACAAUACAAGUAUGGAGUAGAACUGAUGAUUUAAUCAAAAGAAGAUUAGAGUACAUCUGGACAAGUGUUGAUAAGACAGAAUUUGAUAUUCAAAGCAUUUCAAUCGGUAAUGGAGAAUUUUUCAUAGAUAUAUCGUUUCCAGAUAAAGGAAACGUCCAAAUUCAUUGGCCUUAUAACCGUCACACCUUGAAAGAUGCGUGUACUGCUCUUGAAUAUUUUUAUUCUAGACGAACUGAACCAACAUCAAUGAGGAAAAAACAUAUGUUUAAUAUAUUAGUUAGACAAACAACUGAUAUGUUAAUGAGAAUUAUGACAACAAAUCCAGAUCUUUGGAGAAUGACUGAUGCCAGAUAUGAAAUAAUGCAAUCUUUAAUUCGUGGUCGAUGUGUUUCUUUGAUCAAAAAAAUUUUAUCCGAAGGUUAUCACGGAACUAAUUUAGCAAUGGGAAAAAAUUUGCACUUUCCUAGACAAUACGAAUGGCCUUUAGAACCAAAAAUAAGUGAUUUAGAACUAGCCAUUAAAUGCGCUGGAGCUAAUCGUAAUGAUACUGUUAUAGUUGGAUAUCUAUUGAAUUAUUAUUCUGAUAACGCGAUGAAUAAUGCUGGUUGGAUGACUACUGUAUCUUCAGCACUCCCGGAAUUAUAUGAUCAUAACAUGGAAAUAAACGUUGAUGUUUCUUUUAUAAAUCCCGAGGAUUUGCAUGAAGCACAUUAUAAAACCAUUCAUGCUUUGGAUCUCAAACCAGCUCUUUUACGCAAAUCGGUCAUAAGUCCUGAACAACUUAAAAAAAAAUUAUCACUUAUUAAAGCAAUUUCGAGUUUAAAAGGCAUGUUUUCGUUCGAACAACUUGCUAGGGAAGCGGAAGAAACAUACAAGAAUUUCACCGUGUAUCCUCAGGGCGUUGUUAAAGAUCAUACCAAAAUUCCUUUACUACUACGAAUUUUAAGAGCGUUAAUUUGGCCACGCGCAUAUGAUAUCACUGAAGACUCACAGUGUAGUCCGUUCCUUCGUACAAUCUGUCGUGAUAAGAGCGAUGUGGUAUUUAGUAAUCCUGCGAUAGCCGCAAUAAUUGAUUACAAAUGGUCAACAGCCCGUGCAUUCGAAGAUGCUCAAUCAUCUGGCGAAGAUGCAGUUUUGAAAUACAGAGCGGAUCUAAUUUUUGAGUAUGAGACUUUGGUAAAACUAUUUGGCAAGACACGUGAAGAUUCACGUUACAUUUACUACGUUGGAAAAUCUGAUGAUCUAGAUCAGUGGUUAUCAAAAGUCGAAGAAUAUCAGUUAACACAUAGAUCUUUGCUUGACGAAGAAGUCGAUUUAUCAUCAGAUUGGAGCACUACGCAGCUUUUAAAAGUUAGUAGUGAAUCGCAAAGUGGCAUUAGUGACAGAAAACCCCCUCGGGAACUUGACGUUAAAAGUCAGCCUGGCAUUGAUGAUUUACGAGAUAAGAUUAAAAGUAUGGAAUAUAAAAUUGAAAAGAUUUUAGAGUUGUUGAUAAAAGAUUAG